AUGGCAUUGGUUUUCAUGGUCUUAGAACUUUUUAUCAAUGGAGCCCCUAAAAUCCUAAAAUCAAAUAAUCCAGGGGCUACUGGUGUACCAGACCGACACUUGAGGUAGGUAUAUUACAACAGUGUAGGUAGGUAUAUGCCAUUUGAAAUUAGGUGUGACCAUAGAUAGUACAUAUUAUGUAUUAUGUAUUAUGUAUUGUUUGUUAUGUAUUACAUAUGGGUGUGACUGUAAUACUGGUAUAGGUACUGAUUUGAGGUCUAUAUACUGAUAUAGCGUUAUCUUUGUUUAAACAGUAAACUGAAAAUAUCCAAUAUUGUUACCAAUAAUAUCGAUAUUAUUGAAAUACCAAACCAUUGACCAUACACUGAAAUUAUUUAAUCUAUUUUUAAAUUAUAUGAAAAUAAUAGUUAUAAAUAUAAUUAUUAAUAAUUAAUAACAUAAUAUUACUAUUAUAGUUAUGAUUGGCUUACACACAUUAUGGUUGUGCGAAUGUAAUACGAUUUUAUUUAGUGUUGUAUAUACAUAUUUUUAACGUUUACAACUUAGUUGUUGCUUUAAAUAAUAAAGUAAAAUCAAAAUUAUUAAAAUGGUUAAUACUCGUAAAUAUAUAUAUAAAUAAAUAUUUAUUAAAAGACGGUACACUGAACGUCUUUUGCUACAGAUUAUCAAAAUAAUAAACUUUUCACACGCUGUAUGUAGACAAGCCAAUCUUGACACCUCCUUUUCUAACUUUAGUUAAUUGUGUUACUUAGACUCAUAUGUAUAUUUUAAAUAUAUAAAUUCCGAAUGCCUACUGUAUUAUAUUUUAAUAGGGCUUCCACUCAUAAAAUAAAACAAAGUUAAAUAAGUUAAGUUUAUCAUUGUAAUUAAGACUUCACUCUUAUAUUGUAUAUUAUUAUCUUAAUAGUUUAAGGGUUUUCAUCUUUUAUUUAGGAAUAUUUUUUAUAAUUUUGCCUAAAAUUAUAUGUAUUUAGGGUGCACUAUAUUACAAUAUUUACGAAUUUAUUUUUUAGAUUCAACCCUAGUUAUAGAAUUUAAAUGAAAAAAAAAAAAAAUGCUUUUAAAAAACUAUUGAUUAUAGAUACAUAAAUAAAUACUGAUAUUAUUUUUGUUCAGUUAAUGUAUUUUAAAGUUCUUUAGAUAAAAAAAAAUUGAACAAAUUAAAAUUGAUUUUUUCAUUUUAUUUCUAUAUUUAAAAAGAAAAUUUUUUUCUAAAAAUACACUCUUUAAGUGAAAAAUGUAAGCUAAGAGAACUUAACUUAGGGGAUUAUUAUGGUUCUGUUUUAGAUUAUUGACUCAGAAAACGAAAUAAUUGUUUCAACAGAAAUUAAUAUUAACAUUUUUAAAAAAUCUGAUAAUACAAAUUUGCACAUAUUUUUUAAAUCUCAUCCUAUUUAACCACUAGAAAAUAUUUUAGUCAACCCAACUAAACUACUACCGUGUACAAAUCAUCGUUAUAUUCAAUAGGGAAAAGUUAAGUUUCUAUAAAGAAAAUGAUAGAUUGUUUUGUUCUUUCUGAUUGGCGUUCAGAAAAUAAGAUAAUCAUUUCACUGUAGGAUGCUCUUCACUGUCAAGUAAUAAUCCAUACUCCUGAAUUAAAAAAAACUUAAUUGAUCUAUAAUAUAAUUCAUGAAAAUACAGUAGUAGUGAAGAAUUUCUAUUUUUUUUCAAACUCUAAUGAUAUUCAAUCAUGACUUGAUUCUGUCAAAAAAUUUUAAAAUAAAGGAAGAAGAGCAAUUCUCCAAAGAUUUAUUGAUGCAGUCAAAUUAAAUGGAACACGUAGACUUAGUUACAGAGGCGCAAAAAAUGUUGAAGCUGCUUAUUCUUUGAAUGACUCAUCAUUAGAUCACGGAAAUUUUUUAGCGUCCAAUUUGAUUCCACACAGGAUCUAAACAUUCAUGACCAAUAAUUAGUUAUUAUUAUUACAUUUGUUACAAAUGACAUUCAAUAACGUCUUAUAGCAUUAGUGAACUGUACAUUUGGUGAGUACUGGUGAAAAUGUAUGUAAUCUAAUAUCAGUUUCGGAGAAUACCGCGAACGAACAUCGUGACUCGGGAUUUGUAAGUACAAAGAUAUUUAAAUUCCAAGUAAAACAAAUAAGGUAUUCAUUGUUUUAAUGAUUUGUAAUUUUUUUUUCAUAAGAUCUAAUUUGGUCAUUCAAAACGUACUAAAACAUUCACACCGUACCUUAAAAGAUGCGAGAUUUUUUAGUAAUACUUAAUUCAAUUACAUUUUUCUUGUUUCCCAACAGUUUCUUAAUCUUUUAUAAUAUAAUUGCAUAUAUAUUGUAUUCAUUAUUAUUUUAUUUAUGUAAACAUAUUCAUAGACGUGUUUUUAUUCACAUACCGCGCACGCUACUUCACAUACACUAUUAUUCAUACUGUUAUUUCGAAUAAAAUUGAAUAGAAUAGGAUACAUCUAAAAUUACAGUAAUUAUGAUAAUUACUCUGCAAUUUUAGUUUCUGAGUGGAAUGAGGAAUAUAUUGGUUUUACAAUAAUGUUUAUUUUUUUUUCCUGUGAACAACUUUUAUUUUUCUACCAUGAAUUUUGCUCCGAUUUUUAAGUGUAGCACUUUUUCUGAAAGGAAAUUUAACUGGGGUGUUACUUUAAGAAAGCCUAUUUUUGAUUUUAUCGGUUUUUCCUAAUAAAUAGGUAAAACCUGGGAAAAAAUGCGAGAAAUCGUAGGAAAAACGGGAAAUUUUACGAAAAUAAUGCUUUUAUUAAUCUCAAUUUUGGUUUUCCAUUGCACUUUAAGUUACAAUAUUCUUAGAGACUUGAAAUUUUGACAGAAAAUUCAUACUAACUUUUUCUAAGUGAUAAAAUUAAAAAAAAAAAAUAUUUGAGUUAUUUUUUUAGCUAUUUAUAGACAUUUUAAUUUUGCAAGUUUUUUACGUAAUUUUCAUUUGAUAGGUAUUGAUAGACUUAACAGAAGUGAUUGAAAAUUUAAUAAGUAUUUCAUUAUAAGUCGUACUUAGUGGCCAAAAAAAUUUAAAAAAAUGGAAUGUAGAAUUUUUAUUUUUAUUUAUGAGUUUUAAAAUCAAACUUUGAAGAAAAUCGUAAACAGUAUUACGACCUUUCAAAACAUGUAAAAUCGAACUUCGCUCCGAAUCGCCUUUCGUUUUCAAUGAUUUAUCGCUGGUUAUAGAUAUAAACUAAAUAAAUGUAUGUGUCCCACUACCCAACUACAACAGUAACCGUUCCAUUCCCGUACCCAUUCCCAGUAUCAGAUUUUUUUUAAUUUGACAAGAUAAUACUAUUAAUUCAACAAAAUAUAAUGUUUUGAUUGUACGGAUUCGUGUUGGAUCCGUCUUCCUUGAAAUUAUCGUUGUAACGGUCGCACGUUUGGUGCAUGUUAGUUGUUACAUGACUUCAUAUUGUACCCUAUUCAGAAUAAUGUACCGCAUUACGCAUCCACGUGAUCGCCUUAUUCUGUAAUUUUAUACUUUUGCCUGAGCUUUUUUAACUGUGUUUACUCGUAAACAUUGUAAACAUUUGUUACAGCAUGCAUACCCCUACUACUGCACUUGUUAAUUAACGCUUACGUGCGUCGUCGAUUGUGGCAAGCACGAAUGUCAAUAGUGGUGUGCAAAGUGUACAUAAUGUUAAAUGCUAUCUUUGAAAAUAAUGCAGAUUCGCAACACAGUAUACUAGCAUAUACACUAUAAAUAGAAUCACUAAUGACACGUGCCGCCGUGAUUAUUUUAAAUUCGAAAAAACCAAUAAAGUAUUGAAUAUAGGCAUUAAUAUAAUAUUAUAUCCCAGAAAUAAUAUCAAUUAUCAACGAUCUCAUUAAAUUUAUUAAUAUAUAUUAACUACAAACUGGUAUAAUAAACAACAUAUUUGUUAUAUCAUUUUUUAUCAAUUUAUCAAUUUUAUAUUUAUAUUUAGAUGAUGUACAACGAUAAGGCUACGACACAUGGUCAUGGUUUUGUUCAAUAAACAAAACUUAAUGAUUAGUGAUAUUUAUAAAGUUGAUUAUAAAUUAUUACCAGUCAGCGAACUUAAGACUAAUUACCAUUAUCUUUUAGACUGGAAAUCAAUCAUAACCAUGAGCUCAAUUUAAUUAAUCGUCAUAAUAUAUUAUCAUCAUUUUUUUACUUUAAAUACCUUUUAUUUAAUUCUCAUAUUUUUAGAAUCAUCAUAAUUUUCACUAUUUUAAUGAUGAUAUUCGGAACAAUUUAUGACGUGGUUCUACAUAGAAAAUAAAUUAAAAAACCUGAUAGUAGCAACAUACAACUCAGUUAAAAUAAUGGUUAGUUAACUGCGAGAAAAAAAAGUAGUCUAGUGUUCUGAUUUUUCUCUCAUUUAUUUAUAAGAUACAUUAUUUUUUUUUUUUUAUUGAUUUUCAAUAAAAUUCAGUGAUAAUUAAUUAUGAUAUUUCCAACGAUGUUGAUAAACAAAAACAAAAUAUUUUUGGUGAAAUAUUCUUAUGUUUCUCUGCCUAUACAAACAUAAAACUGGUGUUUCAUACAAACGAAUGAUCAGACAGUAUAAAGUGUAUUUAUGGACUCAAAUGUAUUUCAACAAUCUGUAUUAUACUUUUUCACGCUCAAGUGUAUACUGAUAUAUCUUCUGGUAAGCCCCAAAUAGUAUUAUAGUUUUUUAAUUGUUUCGAAUUUUUUAAUUGAUAAUGCUAUUUAAUAAUACAUUUUUAUAGAUAACAUAUAUAUUUACACGAAAGGCCAUACAAGUUUAUUUGUAGAAAUAAUUGAUAAAAUGCAUCUGAUAGUUGAUGUAUUUUUUUUCCUUGGAUGUUUUCUAAAUGUUUAUGCAUUUCACGUGCAGGAAAGAAAUUAUAAAAUUGAAUGAAAGGAAGGAUCCAACUAAACUAAGAUUUUAUUCGCUGUUCGAGGCAAUUUACAAAAGAUUUAUAAGGUAUAUAAUAUAAUAUUAUAAUAUUCCCAUUUCCCAUAUAAUUGUAUGUAUUUAUAAAAAAAUAUUAUUUUUAGAUUAACACCGACUUAUAUGAUGACGAUGGGUGUCAAAUUUAUGUUUUUCUCAUUUUGAAGAUGCAUCACAACUUAUUAUUUCUAACAAUAUUAGGUAUAACAAUCAGCUUUACGGUGACAAGGAAAAUUGUGAUAAUUAUUGGUGGACUAAUUUAUUGUAUAUUAGCAAUUUAAUCAGCUUUAUGAAAAUGGUAUGAAUACUAUAAAUCAUAAAUUUAAAUAAAAUUGAAUUUAUUAUUCAUUAUUUUAAUUUUCUAAACUAUUGUUCUAUUAGAAAACUUCCUUCAUAGUAUAUAACUAUAGACUACAUGGGCGUAUCCAGAAUUUUUUUUUCGGGGAGGGUUGAUCAAAAUGUACAAACAUUGUCAUACAGUAAAAUAAAAAAACUGUCCUAGGAUAAUGGGGAAGAGUACAGUCACUGUUAUAGGUAAUUUAAUAUAUAUUUAUAUCUGUAAGCAAAAUUUAACCAUUGCUAAUGAAAAAACGAUUCUAAGUUCAGUUGAUUGUGUUGCUUUGUUAACAAAAUAUGUCAUAUUAUGGUAAAAUAAUUACAUGUGUAUUAAAUAUUUGUUUUAAUAAUGUUUGUUAAAUAUUGCACAUAUUUUCCCGCUUUCCUAGGUUUUUUCUCAUUUAUAGAGAAAACUCUUGAGGAAAAUCAAAAAAUAACCUUUUAAAAAACCAUUUUUAAAGUACCUCUUCAUUCAGAUUUCCUUUCAGAAAAAAUUCUAUCAGCAAUAUUAUUUAUAGACAAUUUUUUUAUAGAAAAAAAAAUAAACAUCAUUGCAAAACCGAUACAUUCCUCGUAGAUUGAAAACUGACAGUUUUUUUACUAUCAGUUAAAACUGAUUGAAAUAUGAUUUCACAUAUUUUUAAACUGAAAUGACGGAAUUUUUCAGUUAAAACUGUGUAUGUGUAGGUCAAUCGCAUCAGUUAUCAGUUAUUAUUAUCAGAUUAUUAAAAUUAUUUUAUAUUAAAUUAUUAAUUUAUUUAAAAAAGGUGAUCAGUGAUUAAUUAUCUGUGAUACAACCGUGAAAAAUGUAGCAAAAACAGUGGUUGACUGAAUUUAUAGAAAUAUAUAAAAAUGAGCCUUGUUUGUGGCAGAAUAAAAGUAAAGAUGAUCGAGAUUUUACAUUAUCAGCUUAUAAGAUACUUCUAGUCAAAUUUAAAGAAGUGGACCCUAAGGCAACUAUAGAUACAGUGAAAAGUAAAAUUAAUACUAUUCGUUGCACAUUCAAAAAAGAAUUUGGCAAAGUAAAAGGUUCACAAAAAUAUGCAUAUACAUGUAUAUAUAUAGACAAUAUAGAAAAUUCCAGACGAACGAUAAACGUAAAUAACAAUUAAAUUAUAGAGUUAUAACGUGGGAAAAUUGAAGAAAAUUGCAUUAUAAAAUUUAAUAGGCAGAAUAUUUUUAGUAUAUAUCGGCUAUAUAUUUAAUCAGAUCUGAUUUAUCUUAAUUGCAAAAAUAGUUGCAAUAUCAAUUAAAUCCGAUCUUCAGUUAUAAUUUUAUAAGUAAUUUAAUGUAUACCUCUAAGCAAUAAUAAACCAUUGCUAACGAAAAAACGAUUCUGAGCGCAGUUCAAUUGACAAUGAUGCUUUAUCAACAAUAUAUUAUAUGUCAUAUUAUGAUAAAAAAUUUAAUUAGACAUUAUGUAUUUUCUUAAAUAAUGUUUAUUUAAUAUUGUACUGAUUUUCCUGUUUUUCCUUCGUUUUUCCUGGUUUUCCCAUGGUUUUUCCCGGUUUUUCCAAUUUAAUAAGAAAACUUCUGAGAAAAUAAAAAAAACCUUCCCAUUUAUAUUUCCUUUCAGAAAAAUUGCUAUCAUUAUAAAUCGAAACCAAAUAGCUUGUAGAAAAGUUUCUCACAGAACAAAAUAAGACCGUAAUAUAUUUUACUUAAUACCUACAUUUCGUACAUUUUCCCUUUUUUCCUACGUUUUUUUUUUCAGUUUUUCAAAUUUGACAAGAAAACUCUUGGAAAAAUCGAAAAAAGACUUCCUUAAAGUAUUUCCUCCCACCGAUUUCUUUUUUAGAAAAGGUGCUACACUUAAAUAUCUGAACAAGUCUUCUUGUACAAAAGUUGCGCACAGAUAAAAAUAAAAAAAUAAACAUCUUUGUAAAACCAUAAGUUUCUUCGCAUUAUUUAGAAUCUAAAAACAGACUAAUAUUAUUAAAAAUACAUACAUAAUUUUUUUUACUGACCCGUUGAAAAAUAACACCAAAAUGACUUUUUUUUUACUGCUUCUGACAGAAAGUUUGAUUACUGGUGCCUGAUAUACAAUUGAUUAAUUUCUGCCAUAUGGACUUCAAUAAAAAUCGUAACCUAAACAUAGUAGUAUAAUCACGUGAUCGAAGUACGUCAUUCAUCCUUGGUGUACAUGUUUGGGUGUACUACCAUUGGAAGUGGCUACGAAGAAUACAUAAAAUUGUUUGAUUUAUAAUUGUUCUGCUCUGUUUAUAUUAGCUGUAACGAAUGUAGUUAGGUUUCUAAGAAUUCUUUUCCAAACUAGUACAGAUUUUGUUUACGACGGGUUACUUUAUUUUAAGUGUAAAAAGUAGACAACAAAUAGGCGUUGUGACUUUGCAAAUAUUUUAAUCGGCGCGAAGUGGAUACGCCGCUUAUGGUGCACCACUGGCUUUCGUUGAAGACAUUUUUAUGUUGCUCAAUUUGGCCUCCCCGUGGCUUUGUCGAUUUAUAAUUUUAUUUUUUGUCAGUGCGAAAUUAUACGAAGGCCACUUAGGCGCGUGGUACCAAAGUCGUUUAGUCCAUGCAAAUACCCUCUACAGAAAUAGCGAUACUGAUCAGUAGAAUUAAUUGUACUAUUAACAGAAUUAGUUAAUUAAUAGAAUUAAUUAAAAGUACUAUCAUUCUAAAUCGGAGCAAGAUUUCUGGUAGAAAAGUUUACACAUCCAAUCGAGAGGUAUUUUUUGAUGACAAUUGUCCGAGCGAGCGAUAGCUAGGUCUCUAGACAGGGACGGAUUGGGCACUCGAGAAAUUCCUGAUGGACUGCUUGCUAACGAAUCAGAAUGGACUGAUGGAUUACAGAUUGUAAUUUUUUCCUCCUUUAAUAAAAAAAAAUAGGCUGCAGCAAUAACAUUAUUGGCUUUAUAAUUAUGUUUAUUACUUUUUUUUUGUACUAAUAAAAAUAAAAUAUGUAAAUUUAUAUAAUAUAAUCAACCAAAAAAAAAAAUUGUAAUGUUUUUGUUGAAAUUCAGUUAUAAAUAUUCGUAUCGAAUCUAUGGACUUGAAAUUAGGAGAGAAAAUUAAAAUUUGUCUUUUCUAGACGUGGUAAAAUUUUCGAAAAAUUCAAGCCAUUUUUGAGCUUUAGACUUUGAGCAAUAGACAUUUUAAUUUUGCGAGUUUUAUGGUAGUUUUUGGUAGGUACUUUGUGGUAAAAUUGUUAGACUUAACAGAAUGCUUGGAAAUUUAACAGGAGAUUCAUUAAAUCGUACUUUGCCGUAAAAAAAAAUUUGAGUUUAAUGUAGUAUUUGUUUUUAUAAAGGAAUUUUGAAAUUUAAUUUUGAUGAAAAUUGUUUGAGUAAAAAAUUAGGUGGAACAAAUAUAAUUUUUUGAAUAUAUACCUGAGCAAGAUUUAUAGUCGAAUUUUUGUACACAGGAUAAAAAAAAAAUAAGCAUCUUAGUAAGACUUAGAAUCUAAAAUAUAAAUUGGAACUAUUAUACUGAUACAAUAAAUAUAUAUUAUAAUUAAUUAAACAUAAAUGUAUAACAGAAUUAUAUUUUUUUAACAGAAUUGCUAAAUGUUAAUUAUGAAAUUACCUAUAUAUAGGGUUAUGGGCUUAGUUAUAGUAAUAUAUAAAUGGGCUACGUGAAAGGUACAUAUUCCGAAUAAAAAUUAUAAUCAAGGAUGACUGGUGUACAAAUCUAUAGUAUGGGUAACAAGUGUAGAUGGCGUUUUUAUAAAAAAAAAUUCUCGUUUUAAACGUCAUACUAAGACAUAACGUUUACUUAUUUAUUAUGGUGUAUGAAAUAGUAUCAAACUUGAGUUGUACCGGCACACGUGUUUUCCUGAUACAAUGUUUGAUUGA